AUGGCUAGAGCCUCUGUUUUUUUGCUACUUCUUCCCAUUUUCUACUUUGUUGGCACAGCCAACUCUACAGCCACAACAAGUGAUGCAAAUUUCAUAAAGACCUCAUGCAGCGCCACCACCUACCCACAAGUCUGCAUCCAAUCCCUCUCUUCCUACGCCACUUCAAUCCAGCAAAGCCCUCGGCAGCUGGCCCAGGCUGCCCUGUCCGUGAGCCUAACCAGGGCUCAAAAGGCCAAGACAUUUGUGACCAAGUUGGCCAAAUUUAAGGGGCUGAAGGCUAGGGAGUAUGGAGCUCUCAAGGACUGCUUGGAGGAGAUGGGUGAUACCGUGGACAGGCUCAGCAAAUCAGUCAAGGAGCUAAAGAACAUGGGCAAAUCCAAGGGCCAGGAUUUCGUGUGGCACAUGAGCAAUGUGGAGACUUGGGUUAGUGCUGCUUUGACUGAUGACAAUACUUGCCUUGAUGGGUUCUCUGGCAAGGCCUUGGAUGGCAAAAUCAAGGCCUCAAUCAGAGCUCAGGUGCUUAAUGUUGCACAGUGCACUAGCAAUGCUCUGGCCUUGUGCAACAGGUUUGCCUCCAAGCACUGA